ACCGAUCCGAUAUUCAGUAUCGGUAUCGGUCCGAUACUGACAUAAAUUACUGGAUCGGAUAUCGGAGAGAAAUUUAAAAAUUUUGUCCGAUCCAGUAAAUAUCACAAAAGCACCUCAAAAACUCGCUAACAUGGUAUAACCCGGGUCAUGACCUUAGCACGUCAGCGCAGUAUGCGUCACGUGAUCAAGCGGUUAUCCUGUGGGAGAGCUGAGAGCCAUCAUGUCAGCAGUGUGGACUUAUUUCAAACUAAAAGACGAAAAAAGUAAGACUGCCGAAUGCAACUUAUGUGAUGCAAGUGUUUCCCGAGGUGGUAGCAGUUUGGGGAAUUUUAACACCACAAACAUGAUUAAACACUUACAGAAACACCACGCAAAGGAGUACGCGGAAUUUAGCCUGGCCUCCAAAGCUAAGCAGAAAAGUGUACCGUACCAACAAACGCUUUUGGAAAAUAUUCAGAGACGUGAGAAAUUCCCUCCGGAAAGCAAUAGAGCGAAGCUGAUAACGGAGAAAAUAGUUGAAUUUGUUGUGCUUGAUGACCAGCCCCUUUCCGUUGUGGAAAAUGAUGGUUUUCGACGCUUAAUUGAGCAUUUAGAGCCUCGCUACAUGCUGCCAAACCGGCAUUUCAUCUCGGAGGAAGCUAUCCCAGGCAAGUACAAACAGGUGCGCAAGUUCAUCUCCGAAAGUUUGGAAAUGAUUCCCACAUUAAGCAUGACAACUGAUAUCUGGAGCUCGGACGUUUGUCCGUUGUCCCUGCUAAGCCUGACUGUACACUGGAUAGACUCGAGUUUUACAAUGCAAAAAGCAGUGUUGCAGGCCAAAGAGUUUCGUGGUUCACACACAGGAGAGUCCAUCGCUGCAGCCAUGGAGGAAAUGUUAAAUGCGUGGGAAAUUCCGAAGAAUAAAGUCCACGUUGUUUUGCGAGACAAUGCCAGCAAUAUAAAAAAGGCAAUGGACCGGCUGGGUGUUGCAAGUUUGGGAUGCUUCGCGCACACUUUGCAACUUGUGGUGAAUGAGGGACUGCUAGCACAACGUGGUGUAUGUGAUGCUGUGACAGUGGGCAGAAAAAUAGUGGGUCACUUCAAACACUCACCACAGGCAUAUUCGCGUUUGGAAGACAUUCAAAUGGAGCUGAACAUGUCACCCAAACGUCUGAUACAAGAUGUGCGAACAAGGUGGAAUAGCACAUAUUAUAUGAUCAAGACCCUCACCGAACAGAAGCGAGCCUUGUGUGCAUAUUCUGCAGAGUAUGAUCUGCCUGCCACACUCAGUGCACAGCAGUGGGGGUUACUGGAAAAGGUCCUUACAGCUCUAGCUCCCUUUGAGGAGUUAACAAAGGAGGUUAGCGCAUCAUCCUCAUCUGCAUCUGAUGUCAUCCCUAUUGUCUGCGUCCUUAAGCGCGUGCUCUCCCGAGAAAAUGAGGCCGACGAAGGAAUAAAGAAAAUGAAAGGCACUCUUCUCGAAGCUGUUAACAGACGCUUCAGACACGUGGAAUCCGAGCCACUAUACACAGUUGCAACACUGCUGGAUCCAAGAUAUAAAGACAGGUACUUCACGAGCGUAGAAACCUCAAAACAAGCUAAAGAUGCUUUGAUGGCAGAGGUGAGGAAGAUGGAGUUUUUGAGAACUACAUUAAACUCCUCAGAGCCAGCAGAGGGGACAUCAACAGUCUUGGAGCCAGCAAAGAAGACUCCACGGGUGGAAUCUUCCAGCCAAAGCAGACUUGAAAGUGUUUUUGAUGAAAUCCUGAAGGAAAACACUCAAGAUCCUGUUCCUGCGUUAGCCACAACAAGUGCACGCAUUGAAGUGCAAACUUAUCUUAGUGAGCCAACCAUUCAACGCUCAGAUAAUCCACUGCUGUACUGGCAAGUCAACAAACUUAGAUUUCCCACUCUGGUUUCUACAGCAGCUAAAUUUCUCUGUGCACCUACCACAAGUAUUGAGAGCGAGAGACUCUUCAGUACAGCCUCCAUUAUCAUUAAUGAAAGGAGAAGCAGGCUGACAGCUGAGAAGGUUGAAAUGUUGAUCUUUCUGAAGAAGAACCUACCUCUCAUGUUAAAGUGAAAAAAAAAGAAGUUACAAAUGCAUUAUUAGAAGAAUGUUGUUUGGGGUGUGUGUGUGUGUGGGAGGGGGGGUUGUUGGGGUUUUUUAGGGUUUGGAGAGCAAUUGCUUUGUGUGCUCUGCUAAAAUUGCACCUUUUUUCAGUACCAAAGGGUUUUUCAAAUUUGCAUAAAGUUGCAGUUUUAUUUACUUGAAUAUUACUUUAAAUACUUUGAGAUUUAAAGUUCUGCAUAAAGUUGCACUUUUAUUUACAUGAAUGUUACUUUAAAUACUUUGAGAUUUAAAGUUCUGCCUAAUGUUGCACUUUUAUUUUGAUGAAUGUUACUUUCAAUACUUUGAGAUUUAAAGUUGUGCAUAAAGUUGCACUUUUAUUUACAUGAAUGUUACUUUAUUUUACUGUAUAAUGAUGCACACGUUCAGGAUGGAUAUUUUGAUAGUGUUGACAGCUAAACAGUGCUAAAGUUUAAAUAAAGAGAUAUGCAUUGUUGAAGUGA